AUGGCCUCCCUUGCCACGAAUAAAUGGUAUAUCAGGUAUUUGAGUGAGGUGGCUGACGGUCGCCUCGAGCUGCCCCCCUACGAAGAGAGGGAGGAUGGCUCGAUCAAGAUCUACUACGGGGAGCUCUUUUGUCGGGUGCCGGACUGCUCGAAGUCGCGAAAAAAAUACACCGCAACCAAUAACCUUCGCACUCACCUUGAAACUCAUGGCGAUAUUGAAUUGCAGGAGGGAAAUAGUGGUGGCCGGGUGCCCCAGAAGACAGUCGAUGAGGCUACAACAACUGCUUAG